AUUUUGUGCACUUUAAGAAAGAAAAACUUUCAACUUACAUUGAGUUUUUCUCUAUACUUAUUAACAUAUGAGGUAUGAUUUUGAUCUUUAAUUUGUGCCAUUGGGUCAAGUUCAGGCAUAACCCCAAUAAUAUUACAGAUGACAAUGUUAAAUUUAAAUUAAUCAGCUACUUUAAAUUUGUAUCUCAAACACUCUCUACUUUUAUAGCCAACAUUAAGUCUGUAUAAAAGCUAAUUUUUAUUGAUACAAAAAAGAUGGAAAGAUUAUUUAUCAUUUAUAUUAUUAAGAAAACAAUGUGAAGCUCUCUAUUAUAAAUAUUAUUUUGAAUAAAAAACAUUAUAAAUAAAAAUUGGUAAGAAAUAUGUGUGCAAGACUUUUAGCAUGUCCUUUGUGCUCACAGCCAGGUUUUUUAACAUUGGAUGCAUUGCGAGCAGGAUUAAUAAGCGUAGCAACACGACCUCUUACAUGCCCUGUGUGUAAUGAAGUAUUGCUUGGUAUUGAUAAGCUUACUAUUCAUUUAUUCAGCCACACUAUUAAUUUAAGUAAUAAUAAUACAACAGAGUCAUUGAAACAUACAAAUAUUAUUACCAGUACUCAUAAUCCACCAAUAAUAAAUAAUUUAGAAAGUAUUACUUUUCAAGAUUGGAAUAUGUCUAAAAUACAAAUUACAGAUUCAAAUAAACUUUCACAGAAUAACUUAAAUAUUCAAAAUAGUUUAAUAUCUUCGCAAAGUCUGCAAAAUACAAAAGAUGAAGCUUCAAUUUUGAAUCCAGAAGUUUCUAUUCAAAAUCAAAAUUCAUUGAAUCAUAUAUCUCAAAUUACAUUUCCACAAAAUUCAAUUUGUGGAAAUAAAGAGAUACAUACACUUCAAAGGAAUAAAGAAAUAGAGUCAGAAAAACUGCCUCAACAAAUGUUACAAGAAACAAUAAAAGUAGAUUAUGCUACACAGUACUUUGAUCAUCAAAAUGUUAAAAAUGUAAAAUUUGUACAAAAUUAUCCUGAAACAGAAUAUGAAAAUGUCCAAACAUUUAAAAAUUGGAUAGAGGAUCAACACUGUGAACAAUCAAACAAAGAAGUAGCAGACAAAAUGGAAAGAUCUGUCGAUAAACCUUGUAGUAAUGAACAAAUGAUAAUAACAAACAAAUUUCCAAACACUAUAAGUACAUGUACCAAUAUACCAUUGGAAGAAGCUAAUGAUAAGAAUAUACAAGAAGAUUCAUCUGUUGUAUGUAAUAAAAGACAAAAUGAAAGCCUUGAACAUAAUGAGAUAUUACCUCAAUUAAAACUUAUAAAAACAUUAUCAACGAAACAAAAGACUGAGCGUUGCAAUAUAUGUGGUUUUCAUUUUCCUGAUCAUAAUAUUUUGCUUUUACAUAAGCAAUUAAUACAUAUGAUCAAUGAGAAAGAUUUAAAUGUUAUGCCUGAAAAUUUACUUAAGAAUUAUUCAUGUCAUUUAUGCUCUAAAGUAUUUAACAUGAGAGGUAGUUUAAUGGUGCAUAUGCGAGUGGCACAUAUGGGAUAUAAUUUAGGUUCUUUGGUCAGAGGUGGACAAAUAGAACUCAUACUUAAUGAAAAUAAAUUUAGCUGCCCCACAUGUGGAAAAAAAUUUAAAAAGGAACAACAUGUAAUGCAACAUUUAAAAACACAUGAAGCUAAACAAUGGGAAUGUGAUAUAUGCAAUAAAAUGUUUACAACGAAAUAUUUUCUAAAAAAACAUAAAAGAUUACAUUCAGGAGAAAUGCCUUAUAAGUGCAACAUAUGUAAUAAAACGUUUACUUUCCAGCAGUCAUAUCAUAAACAUAGAUUAUACCAUAAAGAUGAUAAACCUUAUACAUGUACAACUUGUGGCAGAUCAUUUAAAGAAUUAUCUACUUUGCAUAAUCAUGAACGAAUUCAUACAGGAGAAAAACCUUUUGCAUGUGAAACAUGUGUUAUUACUAACAAUUUAAUAUGGAUUUUUCUGUUCUGCAAUGUAUGUAUAACAAUGUUUUGUAGUUUAUUAUAUCUACUACAAAUACUGCUUAUAUUUAGAAAUGCUUGCUUUUUAGGAAAAUGUUUUCGUCAACGUGUUUCAUACUUGGUUCAUCGUAGAAUUCACACAGGUGUAAUGCCUUAUAAAUGCACAACAUGUGGAAAAAGCUUCAGAUACAAGGUAAGUCAAAGAACUCAUAAGUGCCCAGCACAACAAACAGGAAAUGUACAACAAACAAAUAUCAUGGAUCAGAAGUCAGUAAAUUUGCCAGAUAUACAAGGUAUACACAAUGAUAUAUGUAAAACUCAAAAGGAUUUUUUAAAGGAAAAUCAAACGAUGCUAGAUACUGUAAAUAAUGAAGAAAACAAAUACGUGUUAAUAAUAAAUACUCAAGGUCAGCAUCUUUUAACAAAAGAGUCUAACAUUGAAAAAAUACAAACUAUUGCAAAUACUAACAUUACAAAUAAAAAACAGAAGUUAGAAGAAUGUACAGGGACAAACAAUGAUAAUGAAAAAACAGGGAAUAUGUGGAAAUCUGACAUUCCUAAUAGUCCUAUAUUUAAGAAACCCUUUGACACAUGUAAAGCAAUACAAUCAAAAAAUGAGAAACCAUUUCAAGAAGAUACACAUGAUUUCUUUUCAAUGGUAAUGUCUCCCCUUGAAAAUGGACUAUCUUCACCCACUGCUGAAAUGGAACACUUAAGAGUAUCAUCCCCCACACAAAAAGGAGAUAUAUCAAAAUCUUAUGAUACUUUUAGAAAUACAGCACAUAUCAUGGAAAUGAAUAUGUUUAAUGCUGAUAUAGAACAAAGUUUUAGCAGUGCAGAUAACAACGUAAAUAAUUUGCAAACUAUUAACGAAGAAUCAUUGAAACAACUACUGUAUAGUAUUAAUGAGAAAUGAUUAGACAAUUCGCCAUAAAAAAUUGCGUUAUUAGUUAUCAUCGUUAUAAAUAAAUAAGAAUUUUUCAAAGAAGAAUUAAUUAUAAAAAUUUAUAAUGAAUUUCUUCUCGGAAAUUUAAAAAUAUUAACAAAAAUUUCUUUGUUUAAUAUGUACCUAUUUUUUGAAACAUAAAGUUUACUUCUUCGAAAAAGUGGCACAAUAGUUAAUAUCGCUGAGUUAAUCCUUGAAUCAUUUAAUAAUUUCGCUAAAUAUAUUUUAGUACAAAUGUUCAACCAAAAUGCUUAAAUCGCUUUUCCAGCUUUUAUUAAUGUUUAUAGAUGAAUAGUAUGUAUUUUAACUAAUCUUUUUUAUGAAAUAAAGCGAUAAUAUUAUUCUCGUUGCUGAUUGGUUAAUAAAAAUCGAAUAAUACACAUUAACCAAUCAUCGUUCAGAGAACGUUACAGUAUGGCUACAUAAAGGAACGCACAUGCUUCAGCUGAAUCAACCAUACAACCUGCAUCCUGUAUAAUCCUCGGUCGAGAUAUCGUAGCAGACGACGCUCUAAUCGACUUGACAGCACAGUCUGUAUUUUCACGUGUCCUCUUAUACAUCGCAUUGCGUAACUGGAGUUCGACUUCCAGGGAGGAGCUCCCUUUUUCGGUUGAGAAAUAUUUUAACUUAUCGGCCAAUUGGAUACUACUAAAUCAGAUUUUCAACCAAUCGUAACGAUGUGUACAUACUUGCCGUGAUCAAACAAUAGAACCAGAAUUCGACAUUCGUUACGACAUCGUAAUUGUGAAGUUUACGUGUUUUCCUAGAAGAUUUAAAAAGUGAUGAAAUAACAGUUCUAUAAUUGUUUCAACUUUCUAUCUGUCUGUUUAAUCUCAAAAACAUUUUAUAAUUAUCAUUUAACACGUUAUCAGCAAAUGCGUUUAUAAUAGUUAAGAUUGGGUUGACAAAACUAUAAGAAUUUUUUAAAAGUAUUGAACAACGAAUAACAAGCUUUUUGUUUAAUUUGUUACACCUCCAUGUUAUUAUUAACGUACAUUAAUUUUAUAUACGUUAUUUUAUCGCCGCUCUAUAAUUCUGUCUGCUUAACACAUUUAUUUAUGAUAACCUAAUCAUAUUUAUUUUGAAUCCAAGCAGUGUUUAAGGUUUGACAUAUCACAUGUUACCCAUUAGUGGAAAUUGCAUUUAUUCGAGUCAUGAUUUCUUUUCUAAUAGACAGAUUUAUGUUUAUUUAUAAAAAUAUAUAAGUUCAUUGUACUAGUUUGAAAAAUAUAAAAAGAAAAAUUCUUUUGAGAUACUGUAACAUAGCAUAUAAUGUUACAGAACAA